AGGAAGAAGGGAAGGAGGAAGAAGAAGAGGAGGAGGAGAGAAGAAAAAAAGGAGGAGGGGGGGGUCUCCGCGCAUGACCCGGCGGCGCUUUGGCCGGGCGCGUCGCGGCGGCUGCGGGCUGGCUGGGCUCGCGUGGGGCUCCGCGCGUGGAAGGGGAGGAAGAGGAGGAGGAGAACCGGCCGCCCGCUCGGAGCAAUGGCCGACCACUAUACCUACCGAGUUGGAAAGAAGGUCGCAGGGUCCAGCAGGGCCAGCGCAGAGAGAGAAAGCAGAAAGGCGGAACUGAAGGUCCAUCCAGCCUAUGAACAAUCUAACCUGGGAAAUGCAAUGAACGACAAAACAGAAAGCAAACGGAAAGGAAGGCCCAAGACGGAAAACCAGGCCUUGAAAGAUAUUCCCCUGUCUCUGAUGAAUCAAUGGAAGGAUGAAUUUAAGGCGCACUCCAGGGUGAAGUGUCCUAACUCGGGCUGCUGGCUGGAAUUCCCAAGUAUCUAUGGCCUGAAAUACCACUUCCAGCGGUGUCAGGGGGGCGCCGUUGUCGAGAAACGCACCUUCCCCUGCCUGUACUGUGAAGCCGUCUUCACGUCAAAAACCCAGCUGGAGAAGCAUUGCCUUUGGAACCACUUGGACAGGUCGUUGCCAGCAGCCAGCCCCCCAGCAGAAAACAAAGUGCAGAAGGCAACCAGCAAGGGGCCAGGGAAGAAAAGAGCUGCCGAACGCACCAUGUCCCCCACCCUACACCCCAAACAAUCGAAAGUGGAGAAGGCCGUCGCCUUGCAGCACCCCGAGAACGGAGAGCACGCGGCCGUGAGCCAAGGCAUCAGGGCUUUGAAGACCGCUGCAGCUGGAGGCGGGGAAGGGGCUGCCACUCCGCUCAGCCAGACGCCGGGCACCCGCGGCUCCAAACAUCAUGCCAGCAGACAGUCCUUCAAGCAGGAGGAAGACCCCGAAAGGAUGAAGCACAGAAGGAAACAGAAAACGCCUAAGAAGUUUACCGGAGAGCAGCCAUCCAUCUCAGGAACUUUUGGAUUAAAAGGGCUGGCGAAAGCAGAAGACAAGGCUAAGGCCCACCGGGCAAAGAAGUUGGAAGCUUCCCUCCUCAGCGGUAACGCCGAAGAUCAUAAGAAAAAGCUUUCAGGAUCCAACGCGAGAAAAGAGGCCGCCACCUUAGCCACAGCUCCUUCAGCCCCAGCAACCCCUGAGGAGCAGUGGCAGCGGAUAAUCAACGAGAAAGGAGAAGUCUCUUGCCCGACUUGUGGCAUGAUCUCCCGGAAGACGGUCUUGGGUCUCAAGAAGCACAUGGAAGUCUGCCAAAAACUGCAGGAUGCCUUGAAAUGCCAGCACUGUAAAAAACAGUUCAAAUCCAAAGCCGGGCUGAAUUAUCACACGAUGGCAGAGCACGUGAACAAGACUGCUCCUGUGGAAGCUGCUGUCCCUCUCGGUGAACUCGGAGACCGGGAAAGGCUGAGGAAAAUGCUCAAGCAGAUGGGGAAACUCAAAUGUCCAAAUGAGGUAUUGAUUUUGCUGUCUGCUAGGAUGUUUAUAACAAGGUCACCUAUACCAAUAGACGAGAAUAUUUGUAGCCUAGGGCUGAAGUGUUGUGGGAUCCUUGCUGCUGUCCCUCUCGGUGAACUCGGAGACCGGGAAAGGCUGAGGAAAAUGCUCAAGCAGAUGGGGAAACUCAAAUGUCCAAAUGAGGAAAGGUCAAAAGCUGGGCAUGACUACCACAUCCGCUCCGAGCAUCCGGCGACGCCCCCAGAGCAGCUGGAGCUGAAACCCGAACCCAGCCCCGUGGAAGAUUUCGAGAGGACCCCCAGCGGCCGCAUCCGGCGCACCUCCGCCCAAGUCGCCGUCUUCCACUUGCAGGAAAUAGCGGAGGACGAGCUAACCAAGGACUGGACCAAGCGGCGGAUGAAGGACGAUCUGGUCCCCGAAACAAAGCAACUAAACUACACUCGGCCUGGGCUUCCCAAGUUGAACCCGCGGCUUCUGGAGGCCUGGAAGAAUGAAGUCAAAGAAAAAGGACACAUCAAUUGCCCAAAUGACUGCUGUGCAGCCAUUUAUUGCAGCGUGUCCGGCUUAAAAGCCCAUCUGGCCAACUGUAACAAGGGAGGCCAUUCGGUGGGCAAAUAUCGUUGUCUUCUGUGUCAGAAGGAGUUUAGCUCAGAAAGUGGGGUCAAAUACCACAUCAUCAAGACACACUCAGAGAACUGGUUCCACACCUCGACUGAUUCUUCGAAGAAAAAGAAAAGUAAAGAACAGAGGACGCCCAGCAACGAAGAACAAAAGACUAGCCCCGAUGGCAAGAAACGGGGCCGUAAGCCGAAGGAGAGGCCUUCCGAAUUUUUCCCUAAAGACACAGAGAGCAUGCUGGGAAAUAUUAACCAUAAGAAAGCCACAACGUCGUGGCCGGUGGCAAACUGCAUCCUGGAUGAAAAAGAUAGAGGUAACAAACCUUUCCACGCCCAGAAAUUCGGGGUUAAUAAAAUGCCAGAAAAAUAAGCCGAGGGGUCAGGAAAAUGAAAAAUAAAAAAAAAAUACUAAACCCUCUUUACAGAUUAGUUUACAGGGUGAUGGGUGAGCAGAACGCUCCUCCGUUGGCUGAGCCCCUCCCGUUCCGCUCCUUCCUUCCUUUUUUUUUAAGUGACAAACCACUUUAAGACACAGAAACAAACAUUGGGUUUUAUUUUCGGAGACGGACUCGACCUUCCGGCGCGAUUCUUCCAUCCGAAACACCCGCCUGGAUUGUACAUAAUGCCGGCCCGCAUGGGGCAGACCACGUCCACGGAUCGGUUUGAGUACCACGGCGAAAGGCGGGGCGGGGCGGUUUCUUCGAAAGAGACGCUGCAGGAGCAGGAAAGAGCCAAGUGCAAUAGGGAAACCAAGUUAAGCGGGGUUUUUGGGUUUGUUUGUUUUUUUUGGUCUUCUCUGUUUUUGUGGAUUGCUUUUCCAGUAGCAGUCGUGUGUUUAGGAAAAACAGAGCGUGUUUGGGAGUUUCCCCCGCGAACGAAAACAAAUACUGUGGUUGUGGUUUGCAAACCCAGCUUACUUUUUAUAAUUUUGAUAGGAAAACAAAAAAAAAAAGUACCCGAGAUUGUUUGACAAUGAACCGUUGGCGGGGUGGGGUGGGGUUUAUGAUGAGAAUGAUGGGGAUGAAAUAACUUGAUUUUGAAUUUUUGUUUUGUUUGUUUUUAUGGUCCAACCAGAGAUAAACCAAGAUGGCCCUGCCUGUAAUUUGGAUAAAAAAACACUUUGGAAAAAUGGAAAAGUUUAGGAAAAACUAAUAUUGGAGAAAGGAACUUUUGGCAUGGAGAUGUUUGGGGAAGUUUUCUUAAAGAGGGAGGUUUAAUUGUGGAAAAUUUAGGGCCUUUCCGCGAAACUCUCAAUUUUUUAGUUCUGCUUUGAAAAGCAGGUGUGAUGGGGGGCGGGAUGCCCUCAAAAAUAUCCCAAGGAGAAAGAUAUGGCUAAAUCAGUCUAAUGACUGAAUUAAUUAAUCUGUCAUUUUAUUUUCCCGUAGUGCAGAGGUAUCCAAUCCAACCUUAGUAAUUUUAAGACUUCAACUGGACUUCAACUCCCAGCAUGCUGGCUGAGGAAUUCUGGGAGUUAAAAGUCCACAGGUCUUAAAGUUGCCGAAUUUGGACACCACACCACACGCAUACACCCCCCGCUGUAGCGCUUGGAAACGCAGUGUUGUGGGAUUGUGGCAUUCCUUAAAAGUUGCUGAGAUGUAUAUUACAUUAAUGCAAUGUCCUUGAUCCUCACCGUCAAUUAAUGCCUAGCAUUUAAUUCAAAGCCAGGGAUGGGUGAAUUUACGCAUUUGGCCCUUUCUCUAUAUUUUUCAUUUGUGUAAAUCUGUCCAGUUCCUUAAAGAUGAGAUGUCCCCUCCCCCCCCCUUUCAAGUUUGCACUAAAAUUGGUAUGCACUUGAGUGGACGUUAUUCCGAACAUAAACUUUUUGCAUUUUUCCUAGCAUCCUCCGUUGUUGCAGUUAUGACAAGUGCGUCUUUGUACAUUAUUUCAGGAAUGCCGUUGUUAUUGUGUAGUCUUCUCCCUUAAAAAGAAAAAGAAAAAAACAACAACAAACUGCUUGGCAAAGUUUGAGAACGUGUGACUUUCAAUUGAGAAUAAAAUUUCAGUUCUCAUAUUUAUUCCAAAUAUGCCAAAUUUGCAAAGGGAAGCAUUUAAAUGCCCCAUCUUUAAUUUGAUCUACCUUUCACACAUACCGUUGUCGGUACACACUAUCGGACUUCAAAAUGUAGACAUAGGAAUUUCUAGAAAAAAAGCUGGUUGGCAUUUCUCAAAUUGCUCUCUGCUUUUUUUUCCUAAAACAUUACAUUUAGCUCCCUGAGACAUUUACCUGCAAGUCACAAAGUGGCAAAUAGUUUUAUAAUGGAGCUGGCUAAAAAUUAAAGAAUUUUUCUCCAGGCAAAACUAUAGCUAGACUAUAAAAUACAGGUAUUCCUCGGUUAACUACAGAUAGUCCUCGACUUAGGACCACAAUUGAGCCCAAAAAUUCUCUUGUUAAGUGAGACAUUUGUCAAAUGAGCUUUGCCCCAUUUUACGGCCUUUCUUGCCACCGUUGUUAAGCGAAUCACAGCCGUUGAUAAGUUAGUAAACUGGUCGUUAAGUGAAUCUGGCUUCCCUAUUGACUAUUUGAUUUUGAUCACGUGACUGCAACGGUCGUAAGUAUGAAAGACGGUCAUGAACCAGAGUUUUCAGUGCCGUCGUAACUUUGAACGGUCACUCAAGGAACCGUUGUAAGUCGAGGACUACCUGUCAAUUGGGACCGGCAACUGUAUUUCUAAAGAACACAGUUAUAAAGGACAAUGCCAUGCAAAUGCACUGUCUUAACAACAACCGUUUCAGUUGCCGUUUUUAAGUGAAUCCCACCUAGUCACCAUGUGCCAUGGUUACCUGAUCACCAUUUCCGACUUCCUGCCGGCUUCCCCAUUGACUUUGUAAGGUGCUGUGAUGUCAUCAUUAUGCACCGGUUGCCAAAUGCUUGACUCACGUUCACGAAACAGCGGAGACCCUCGUUUCAAGUGCUGUUGCAAUUUCAAAUGGUCAUUGAACGAACAAUGGUUAACCGAGGACUCACCCAAGUAUUCCGAUUGGGACACAACAAACCACUAUCCUUUCUGGACGAUUUGCUCCAGCAAAUCAACCAUUUUUUAAUAAUAUCUUUUUUAAAAAAAAAAUUAUCUAGUUUUCAAAUUGCCCUUCUUUUUCCUUUUUUUCAACCCUGAUAUCACCCCCCCCACACACACACACACAGAGACCAUCCAUAUUGGGCAGGAUCUAAAACUAAAUAAAUAAAUGGGAACUUGGGAUCAUAUAAAAAUAAAUAUAUGAGGAAAUAAAAAAACUGGGGAGACAAACAGAAUGUUUAGCCCUACUUCACCCAAUCUUUGCAAAAACAUUCCUGUCCCUAUAGCAAUAGCACUUAGACUUAUAUACCGCUUCAAAGGGCUUUAUAGCCCCUCUCUAAGCGGUUUACAGAGUCAGCCUGUUGCCCCCAACAAUCCGGCUCCUCAUUUUACCCACCUCAGAAAGAUGGAAGUCAACUUUGAGCCGGUCAGGAUUGAACUCCUGGCAGCGGGCAGAAUUAGCCUGCACUACUGCAUUCUAACCACUGCACCACCGCAGCUCUUAGUUCUAUAGGCACUUACUUAGCCUUUCUACCAUGUGAACCUCCAUGCCAAGUGCAUGGUAGCAUCGCUCACCCUAGUAAGGGCUUUUUACAAUAAUUUUGUUUUGUGCUACACAACUGUUUUAGAUGGCAGGGCUAUACAGUGCUUGGGUUCAAGUCUUCAAGAAGCGUUUUAAGAUGAGCUAGAAUGCAAACAUAGCAUCGGUCAUUAGGAGGCUAGAGGCUAAAACAUGAAGAACGAUUGCAGGAUUUGAGUAUGUCUUAGUUUAAUUAAAUGAAGGACUACAUGCUAGCAAUCUUGCAAUAUCUGAGGGGCUGCCACGAAGAAGAGCGGGGUCAACCUAUUCUCCAAAGCAGGAUAAGAAGCCACAGAUGGAAACUAAUCAAGGAGAGAAGCGACUUAGAAGUAAGGAGAAAUUUCCUGAUAAAAUAAUUAACUUGCCUCCAAAGCCUGUGGGUGGAGAUUUUUAAGACUGGAGAUUGGGCAACCCAUUGGGUCUGAAAUGGUUUGGGUUUCCUGCUUAAGCACAGGAUUGGACUAGAAGACCUCCGAAGUCCCUUCCAAUUCUUGUUCUUCUGUUAUUUUGUCUCGUGCGCUUGAAAGCAGCUGCGUCUUUCCCUUGCUUAGGGCAGCAGCAACUAAACGAGGAAACGAAGCAGCCGAUUGAAAGGGUUGGAACGGAUGCUACGUUUACGCUCCCAUCCCACAAAUCCUGAAGUACUUUUUUUUAAUUAAAAAAAAAAGACCCAAGCGCAGUUACCUACCACAACCAAAGCCAACUUCUGGAUAGCUCUUUAGCGAGAGGUUGUGGCAUGCCUUGGCUUCUUCUGCCAAAAGUUAUUGAAAGGAAUAUAGACCUCCCAAUCUGGUCAUUGGAUGGGACUCCAACAAUCACUUGGAGUCCGUCGGUAUACAUCUUCAGCGAGAAAACCGUUCAAUAAACCUGGUGCUCUUUAGUUCAGCUGGGAUGGCAAACGCACGCUGGCUAGGGAUCCUGGAAGGUGCUGACAAAAUGUGUCUAUGAAAUGGGCAGCUUUAUAAAUCUGAAUAAAUAGAUUCAAAUACGUUUUAAGGAUGCUGGGCUGAGAGAAGCAAAGGGAAGGAUUUGACUGGCCAAGAAGGAAUCUUGCAACUCCCAGCCUUUUGAUCUUUGCCUUCCACCCCCAGGGUUGGUUUCAUGGUUCGUGGGGUCCUUGGUGUUCUCUGAGCUUGGUUGUUUCCUGGCAGACAUCUCAUGACCCAACUAGGUAACGUCAUCGGUGCUGGAAGGAGUGGGGUUUAUACAAGUAGCUUGCUCUGUUGGUGGGUUGGUGUUCCUUGAUUCGGCUGUUGUUUGCCGUCAGGUUGUCUGCAUGAAUAAGUAAGCAACAGCCGAAUCAAGGAACAUCAAGAAAACUCCCACCAACAAGCAACUUGUAUAUUAAAAUAAGACCAAACUCCAGUCGCUUCUAGCAUUGAUGAUGUUACCUAGUUGGGUCACGAAACCUCUGCAAGAAAACCACCAAGCUCAGAGAGCACUGAGGACCCCACAGUUCAACCCUGAGCUACAAAUACAGGUGGUCCUUAACUUAUGUCGCUCAGUGAAAAAUUUGUUAAGUGAGUUUUGCCUCAUUUUACGAUUUUGCUCGCCGCAUUUGUUAAGCGAAUCGCCGCGGCGGUUAAAUUGUUGUUAAAGUGAAGCGGACUUUCCCGUGGACUUCGCUCGCCAGAAGGUCGCAAAAGGUGACCCUGCAACCGUCAUAACUGUGAGCCAGUUAUGAAGCAUCUGAACUUUGAGCUAAGCUGGUAACACGGUUGUUAAGUGAAUCCGGAUUCCCCAUUGACUUUGCUCGUCAGAAGGUCACAAAAACGGAUCGCAUGACUCCAGGGGACAUUGCAACCGUCAUAAAUACGAACCACUUGCCGAGCGUCUGAUUUUUGAUCAUGUGACCCACCAGGAGGCUGCAACGGUCGUAACUGUGAAAAGCGGUCCUAAGAGUCCCUUCGGUGCCCUUGGAACUGCACGAACGGUCACUAAAUGAACUGUUGCAAGUCGUGGACUACCUGUGUGUCUACUGUUGGUUCUGUAUUUGUACACGUGAAGUGCUAGCUUGGUAUAGAACCCUCCUCCUUCAAUGACGUUUAGCCAUAUUGACUUGAGGGUCAGAGCCAUAAGCGAAUUUGCCACCAACACUGUGUGUGCGCUGAGCAAAUGGUGCUGAACUUCUCCUCUCUGGUGCAAAGAAGUCUCGGUGCGAGUAUCUUCCGGUUGUGGGCAUUCAUGUCAGUUGUAAGCCAAAAAGUCCAAAGCUGACUUGAGGAAUUCUGGGAGUUGAAGUCCGCAAGUCUUACAGUUGCCAAGGUUGGAGACCAGUGGUGGGUUUCAUAUUUUUAUUUUUUUUUACUACCGGUUCUGUGGAUGUGGCUUGGUGGGCAUGGCUUGGCUUGGUGGGCGUGGCAGGGGAAGGAUACUGUAAAAUCUCCAUUCCCACCCCAUUCCAGGGGAAGGAUACUGUAAAAUCUCCAUUCCCUCCCCAAUCCAGGGGAAGGAUACUGCAAAAUCCCCAUUUCCUCCUGAUCAGCUGGGACUUGGGAGGCAGAGAAUAGAUGGGGGAGGGGCCAGUCAGAAUUUUUACUACCGGUUCUCCGAACUACUCAAAAUUUCCAUUCUGGUUCUCCAGAACUGGUCAGAACCUGUUGAAACCCACCUCUGCUGGAAACCCCUGCUCUAGAAGGCAAGAUUCUCUUUAAGUGCAAGCAAGAUGGCGGUCCGAGUGGUGGACUCAUCCUGUGAUUUGAUCCCUGCAGAUGUUCCCGUGUCGAACAAUGAUCCCUGGUUACGACCAGCCUUCCACUAACAGGAGCUUCUGUGGCUAAGACGCCUCUGCCCUGGCAGAGCCUGCCAGCUUUUUCUAAGGGCCGGUCUCCAAAAAGAGGGGUUUCCAACCUUGGAUACUUUUUAAGACUUUGUGACAGGGUUCCAAGUAACGUACCCGUAGCAAACAAAACUCGGAGGCAGGCAAUUUCCUCAAAAGAAUCGGUUUAUUGGAUUUGUCAUAUGGCAGCGGUGUCAAACUCAAGGCCCGGGGGCUUUGACCCGGCCUGCAGGGUGCUUAGAUCCCCCCCUCUCCCCACUUUCCCUGCUCCUGGCACACGAUGGCCCGAUACGCCCGUUUUUCUCUCUCCCCAAACUCCAGAGCCUUUCUAAGAGGCUGGGGAGGGCGAAAAUGGCCUUCCCCAUCCCCCGGAGGUCCUCCGGAGGCUGGAAACGGCCCGUUUGCCAACUUCCAGUAGGACCGGAAGGCCCAUUUUUUGCUGUCCCCAGGCUCCUAGAAAGGCUCUGGAACCUGGGGAGAGAGAAAAACGGGCCUUCCCCCCCCCCACUCUCCCCAAGGCUCUCCAAAGGCAGAAAACAGCCUGUUUCCCUACUUCUGGUGGGCCCAGAAGGCCCAAAAAUUAGCCACUGGACUUGCGUUGCCCACGGAUAUGGCCACGCGAGGCACAUUCGCCAUCACGGAACUAGGAGGUUCAUGAAAUAGCCCAAUAAAAUACAGUUCUAGGCGCCUAGAAUUCCCAAACAACCUAGACUGGGACGAUAGUCAGACAAAAAAAUUAGUUUUAGUAUUUAAGUUGGCCAACUCUUGUUUGCUUUGAACACCAUCAUGCUCCCGUUGACCCGGUGUAUAUUUUAUCUCUCUGUGGUAGAGUUGACAUUACGGAGCUCUUGGUGCCCUCUGAGCUUGGUUGUUUGCUUGUAGACGUUUCAUGACCCAACUAGGUAACAUCAUCAGUUAUAUCAGGUAAUAUCGUCAGGCAAUUUGCUGCAAGAAAAUAACCAAGCUCAACUAACCAGGGACCCCCACAAUUCAACCCUGAGCUACAAUGCAGGUAGUCCUCGACUUACGACCACAAUCGAGCCCAACAUUUCUGUCGUUAAGGGGAGACAGUUGUUAAGUGGGUUUUGCUUCCGUUUUAUGAUGUUCUGGUCACAGUUCUUAAGCGAAUUGCUGCCCUACUUAAGUUAGCAACAUACUGUAGUUGUUAAGUGAGCCCAGUGCACUUUUUUGGUCAGAAGGUCACAAAACGGGGAUUUCGUGAGACAGCAACGGUCAUAAGUAUGAACCGGUUGCCGAGCAUUUGAAUUCUGGGGAUGCUGCAAAGGUCGUAACUGUGAAGACUGGUCACCAGUCACUUUUUUCCCCAGUGCAGUUGUAACUUUGAACGGUCACUAAAUGAACUGUUGUAAGUCGAGAACUAUCUGUAUUCUCUUCUAUUAGAAUUGAUCUUAAGCAACCUAUGUUAUGUGUGGCAACUCUGUGGCUGGUAGAAAUGUGACGGCGGUAAACUUUGUGGAUCUUUACAGGAUUGGACACGCCCAUAAUUGUAUGUAUAGGUAGGUAGUCCUCAAUUUAUGACCAUCACGGAGCCCAAAAUUUCAGUUGCUAAGUCGUUAAGUGAGUUUUGCCUGUUUUACGACCUGUCUUGCCACAGUUGUUAAGUGAAUCACUGCAGUUUGUUCAAUUAGCUACACGGUUGUUAAGUGAAUCUGACUUUCCCCCCGUCGAUUUUGCCUGUCAGGAGGUCGCAAAAGGAGAUCACGUGACCCCAGGACACUGCAACCGUCAUAAGUACAUGCCAGUGGCCACGCAGCCAAAUUUUAAAUCAUGUGACCAUCAGGAUACUGCAGUAGUUGUAAUUGUGAAAAACAAUCAGAUAUCACUUUUUUCAGCGAUGUAACUAAAUGAACUGUUGUAAGCCAAGGACUGCCUGUAAUGGAAUUUUGUGGAAAGGCACCUCACUUUGUUCUUUUAAACUCAAGCAGUAGCGGGCAGUUCCACUGUAUAAGAGUCCAGAUGAGUUGUGAAGAUUUUGAUGCUGAAUAUGUUUGUGUCUUUUUCCUCCUCCUCCUCCUUCUCCUCCUCCCUUCAUUCUCCUUUCCUUUUUCUUCCUUUGUUCCCAUCUCCCUUCCCUUCCUAACUCCUCAUCUUUCUCCUUCUCUUCCCUUCCUCCCUUGCUUCUUCUCCUUUUUCUUCUCUGCCUCCAUUUCUGACUCCUCUUUUUUUCCUUCCUUCCUUUCUUCCUCCCUCCCUCCCUCACCCCACCCACCCUCCCUUCCCUCUUC